UGAGGUAUUAUUGGAACUGUUGACAUGAAGGUUGUUGAAAAUGGAGGCAGUGCCGCGCUUGCCUAUGUUAGGCUUCGAACUCAAGUCCAGCGUUGAAAGUGUCGAAUUUGGCCCCAAGCUGAGACAGAAUUUAUGCACACUCCAGUACAACCAUCGACUUCAGUACCAGAAUCUCUACCAUCCACCUCAGCCAAGUAGGGCCACAGCAUAACUCUCCACUCUUCACAAUCAUCCACAAACACCAGCACCCACAAUUUAAGUAUAUUCGUGACCAUUAUAAUGAAGAUCCUGAUAGCUACAGUACAGAAAUCCAUGAGUUGGAAGCAUUGCGAGUAAGUGCCACCCAUGCUCCACAUGAUUUUACAGGAUGUUCCAUUCUCAAGAAAUACUAUUGUCAGCUGCACUUCAUCUUAUCAAGGUUUCCACUCAGUGAAAACCCUUCAAUUUCCAUAACAUUCAAUUGGUAUGAUUUAUACUCAAGUGUGGUGUAUAAUGUAACAGACAUUAAAUAUGAGAUGGCAUGCAUUCUAUACAACAUAGGAGCUCUGCAUACAGACCUGGGAGCCAUGGAUGCAAGAAACACUCCAGAUGGCAUGAAAAUCAGCUGUACACAUUUUCAGUGUGCAGCUUGGGCUUUCCAGCAUCUUCGAGAAACUUAUCCCCAACCCCGGGAGUCUGAUUUAAGCCCUACAUUAUUGACAUUCAUGUAUAAUGUAGCUCUGGCACAAGCACAAGAAUGCAUCCUUGAAAAGAGCAUGACUGAUAAUCGCAAACCAACUAUUAUAGCAAAAGUUGCCAUGCAAGUUGUAGAAUAUUUGAGAGCCGCAAUGAAGAGUCUCUGGUCUGGCAAGUCAACUGAUGCAGUGGUUACAGAGAUUGUUGGGUCAAGAAAGUUAAAGAUGUGGCACCGGUACUGUGAAUUUAAGAUGACUUACCAUAGUGCUGUUGCCCUGCUGUACCAAGGAAUGCAAGCAGAAGAACAGCAGAAGAUGGGGGAGCGACUUGCAUAUUAUCAGGCUGCUGUUGAUACUCUUAAUGAGGCUUCAAAAAUAGCUAAAAAUCUAGAGCAACAAGAGGAAGAAAUGCAGAUGCUCAACAAGUCAUCUCAAAGCAUAAGCGAUGUGGAGGCUCAUGAGCUUAUCACCGAGAGCUUGACUUUUUCACACGAUGUGAUGGGCGGAAAACUCACAGCUGCACAGAAAGAGAAUGAAUUUGUAUAUCAUGAAAAGGUGCCACCAAUUUCUUCCCUGCCUGAGGUGAAGGGAGCCUCUUUGGUCAAAGGUAUUCCAUUCAGUGUGACUGAUCCCGAGGUUGCUGGGCAGGAUAUUUUCAUCAAGCUAGUUCCCUUGGAGGCUCACCAGGCAUCAUCCAUGUAUAGUGAGGAGAAGGCAAAACUACUUCGACAUAUAGGCAGUUCAAUCCAAGAAAAAAAUGAAGAGCUGGAAACAUACCUAGCAUCUAUGCAGUUAGACUCCCUUGCAUUAGAUUCUGCAUCUGAAACGCUUCCUCAGGAGCUUAUUGAGUCCUGUGCAGAUUUGAAUGCCAGCAAUGGCAUAAAGAAACUUAAGGAUAUCAUGGCCAAAAUUUCCAGCUUUUACCAUGAUAUUAAUGCAUCACUUGAGGACACCAAACGGCUUCUUGAGGAAGAAGAUGAGCGAGAGAGAGAAUUCCUAGCCAUGAUGGGGAAGCGAGCCCCCAACAUGAUAAUAGGUGAAUUGAAGCGCGAAGCCAAUAAAUAUCGAGAGGCUCAUCAGAGUGCACAAGACAACAAUACAGCACUACAUAGAGCCAUUACAACACACAUGGCCAACCUCCAGUUACUCUCGAAGCCCCUGGAACAAGUUGCAGCAGCAAUCCCUUCAGUGGCUAGUGUAGAAGUUCAGGGUGAUCCUACUGCAAAGCAAGAAGUAAAACGUUUACUUGGCAAAGUGAGCGAAAUGCAAGCCCAGCGUUCAAAGUGGGAGAGUCAGUUACGUGCUGACAUUCAAGCUGAUGAUGUCACCAAGCAGUUGGUUACUAGCCAGGAUGACAUGGAGGACUUCUUCCAAAACGAACUGAAGAAACAUGACAAACUGGUAUCUCUACUUGAGCAAAAUAUGGCUGCCCAGGGAAAUAUCCUCCAGGCUCUCUCAGAAGCUAAUGCGGCAUAUGCUACCACUCGCCGGCUGACGAACCAGGUUCAAGCACAAAGAACCGAAACUAUUUCAUCUCUGUUGGCAUCAUACAAUGCCUAUAUAAAUAUCCUGAAAAAGGCUGAAGAUGCUGAAGAAUUUUAUCAUAAACUUGAAGGGCAGGUAAAUAAGCUUGCAUCUAGAGUGAAAUCUGUUUGUAGAGUGCAGGACGAGGAGCGAGAAGAAGUUCUCUCAGCAAAUGUUAAAAAGUUCACAGGAAGUUCUGUGGCAUCUAAAGCACCAGGUGGACCAAUGGUUUCUGGGCAGAUUCCAAACUUGGAUGCAGGUGCAAGUACAGCUAGUGGGCCAAAACUUAAAGAUUUUCUACAGCACAUGAAGGGUGGUGGAAUGGGUGUAAGUAGUGGAAUGCAUUCGGGUAUGACUGCUGCAAGUGUCCAGGUUCAGCCAGGAGCACCAGGUUAUGUAUAUAGUAAUCAAAGUAGUGCGUACACUAGCAGUAUGCGACCUGCGCCUUUAGGCUCUGAGCAGAAUGACCCAUUGACUUCUUGUAGUGGGUACACAGGUAGCUACUCAAGUCAAGCCUCUGCAUACCAUCCUUCUGCACCCUCACCAGCACCAUCUCCAGCUCCACAGUGCACAGGAUCACCUUUCAAAAUGCCUGUUACUGCAUCACCACAUCACACACCUGGUCAGUAUUACCCUCAGCAGAGUGGGGCUUCUGCCUAUUCGGCAAAUGUAGGUGUUGCAGGAUAUCCUGCAGCACAGAGCUCUGCAACACCCAUGCCAUCUACUCAGGCUGCAAGUUAUUCUAGCAUUAUAAAUGCCCCACCCACUGCUGCCACCACAGUCAGCCAGCCCAGUAGCUAUACUGCAUCACAAGUUGGGAGUCAGCACCCCAGUCAAUUUGGCUAUAAUGUGCAAUACUCCCCUUACAGCUACCAGAAUGUUCCAGGAAUGACUCUGACAACACCAACAGUAUCCACUAGUGCUCAUAGUCCUCAUGGCAUGCCUCAGGGAUCUCCACUUCAUGGUGGGGCAACUAGUGAACAUAAAGCAGCAUCUCGCCAACCUCAGUAUGGGUAUGGGCCAGGCUAUUCAGUGACUUCGUCUUCGACUUUCAGUGUGAACACUGUAACUUCAGUAGCAAGUGGGAGUAUUUGCAGUAGUUCUUCAGGGGGAACUGCUCAGAUUUCUCAACCUUUACCUUCAGGACAAACUAAUAAAGCCUCUCAAGGCUAUUAUGGGUACUAUCCACAGCAGCAAAGUACCAUUUCCACAGCAUCCUCUGUUACUGCUACUGUACCUUCUGUGGUAUCAACAACCCAAAUAAGUACCCAGCCUCCACAUCCAACCAGCACUCAGAACUAUACCCAGUACCCCUACCAGUACCCACAAGCCCAGGCAAAUACAGCAGUCCCUUCUGUUUAUAGUCAAGCAGGAGCAAAUCAGUUUGGCUAUAUGAGCCAGGAUGGCUCAUCUUAUAAAGGACAAACAGCUAGCACCCAAGCAGCUGAUUUAUAUUCUAAUCAAGGUGCCACUUAUUCAUCAGGAUCAUAUGUCAGUCCAAUGACAGGCAUAUACAGCACUGGAACUUACACAUCACUGCCAUCCACAACAAGCAGUGCACAAUCUAGUGGAAAUUUGCAAACAACAAAUACUGCAACAUAUUCAUCACAAGCACCAAACCAGUGGAAUGUGUAUUCUAGCUAUCCUCAGGCAGGCAUAGUAUCAAAUAGCACUAGUCAGGCUGGUACUGUAAGUACGAUAACUAGCAUGUCUGGCGAUUCAAAUUCUGUGCACUCGCAGAAAUAUCCUUACAGUAGCGCUUCACAGUUACCCACACAGAGUAUGCUGCCUGGCGUUAGCCUUAUGUCACAGACCUCUAGCCAAUACAAUCAAACCAGGCAGUACAAUCAGGGCUAUAGUAAGCCAAUGAUGUGGGCUCAGUAUGGUGAUCAACAAUAUCAACAUCCUCAUCAAACACAGCAGCCCCAGCAACAGCCACAACAGCAUCCUCCACAUUCAUUACAACAGUAUUCUCAGCAGCAGCAACCACAGCAAGCAUGCCAGCCACAAGCACAACAGAAACCAUUAGAGCCACAGCAACCACAACAAUCCCAGCAGUCAUCAUUGCAGCCACAAAGUAUACAAGGAGCUAACGUGCAAAGUGUGUCCGCAGGGGCCACUGUAUCAUCUGUGACUUCUGGCAUCUCCAAUUUGGACCUCCUUUCUGGUAUAGAGUUAACCUCUCCUCCAACGUCCCAGUGGUCACCCCUUACCCCACAGCCUGCAGGCACAAGGCAGUCGGCAGAGUCAACAAAAAGUGUUGGGGGUUCCUCGACUCAGUCAGUUGCAGCCCCUGACAUCACCUCUACUUCUGCUGCAUCCAGCCAGUUGACACCAGCUACAGGGAGCAACUUGCCCAAUGUUGUGUCAAGUAAUACUGCUGCCUUAAACACUGCCACAAACACCUUGGCCACGAUCUCGUCCAGCAUCCUUGAUCUCACCGUUUUGGCUAAGAACCGAAAGCCAACAGUAGUAGAUCCACUUUCAGAUGAUGAAAAACUUCAAAAAUUAGCUGUUGAAACAGAACGCCUGAGUAAGAUUGUUGAAGGACUGGAUCGCAAAUCGCUAAAUGGACCAACAAACUUAGAGCUGAAAUGGAAGGAGCUAGUAGAAGUAGUGGAGAAAGAAUGUGGUGAACUGAAAGUAUCAGUUGCUCGGUGCUAUCCAUUGAAGAACAGAUUUGCUGAUAUUCUUCCAUAUGACCACACUAGAGUUACACUUCCAUCCGCCAGGGAUGACUACAUCAAUGCAUCCCACGUUCAGCUUAGGUCAACAGAGGAGAGCUUUCCAUUGAUCCUAACACAGGCACCAAUGUCUGCUACAUGUGUUGAUUUUUGGACUAUGAUCUGGGAACAGCAGGUGGAAAUUAUCGUUUGCCUCAACUCAGAUGCAGAGGUGAAAGGCCAAGUUUAUUUGCCAAGUGAGACAGCAUCCAGUGUAGACUAUGGUCAUUUCACUGUUGUGUUGCAUAGCUGUCGUCAGGCUGGCUCUCCUGUGUCCUUGCAACGAGUCCUUCAUGUUACGCAUCGCACUUCCAAAGUAACUCGUGUAAUCAUUCAUCUUCAGUUCUUAGGGUGGCCGCCCAGUGCCAUGCCAGAAAAUCCCAGCCUCUUACUGCAGUUUCUGGUCGAAGUUCACACAUUCCAGCGACAGCAGAGAAAUAAGCUUCGUCCCAUUGUAAUUCAGUGUGUUCCAGGCCUGGGCAGAUCUGGGGUUCUUACAGUUCUUUCAGCAUUUAUAAAAGAAAUUCAUUCUAGUGGCAGCUUGCUAGAUUUGACAUCACUGGUUGUAGAGCUAAGCAGACAGCGACGGGGUGGAGUCCAAGAUAAAGAGCAUCUCCAUUUCCUCUUCUCAGCAGCACUCUACUAUGCCCAAGAUGUGCUGAUGAAACGAGGAAUCCUGACCAAUAAGGCUACAUUUGAGGAAGGCCCUCGAGAGAAAACCCAUGUGCGGCAUCCCUCUGCCGAUCUGCUGUCCUCGUAUGACUUGUCCCGCCUUAAGAGCAAGCUUGGACUAGACCAGGAAGGUGGUAGAUCUGGAAGCGAGGAUGAACGUUUGUGCAGUAAUUCUGCUGCUGCUUUGCUGAGUAAUGGAUCCUCUGCUGGUGUGGAGCACUUGAAGGAUGGACAGAAAGACUUGGAUAAGGACUCUGCAUCCUCGAUAGCUUCAUCAGGGGCCUCCAGUGGUGUGGGCCAAGAAACUGAUAUUGAUGUUAAUUCUGGAAGUGGUGCCUUGGAAGUUAGCUCAGGUAGUCAGCCAGUUAAGACAAGUGGAAUUUUAGAUGCAAAUUUUUCAUCACUUCCUCCAAGCCUAGCAGCUAGUAUGGAUCCACAGCAAUUCAAACUGGACCCUCCAGCACCAGGAAAGUCAUGUAAAAUAACCAAGGAUAGUUUUGAAAAUCCAAGUGGGACUUUGCAAAAGACUGAUGAUCCAACUGAUCCAUUCAGUGGCCUGGAUCCUCUUUGGUCACACAAGAAGUCAUAGUGAUGGGUGAAUUAUUGCUUCCUCUCCAAUAAUAAUGAAAAAUGCUGUAAUAGUCCAUACAGUUAAAAAUUUCAUGUGAUGACAUAAAAAGUGAUACUCUAUAAUUAAUGCAUAUCAUAUUUCAUGUAGGACUAUCAUGUAGUACAUUAUAGUGUAUAUUUAACUUAAAAACUCCUUCAGUAGAAGAAAUAUAUUACAUGCCUAAAAUGUUAUUGUGAUGGUAGUUUUGCAUGUAAUAGGAUGAAAGUGCAUGAUUCUUCAUUAUUUUUAUGCCAGUGAUAUUUGUAACUGUUCCUAAUAAGUGCAAUUUAAUCUACUGCUAGCUGCAUUGCUAAUGGACAAACCAGUUAAAAUUGUAAUGAAAUAACCUAGUUCAAUAUUCAUACUAAUUUGGUCCUCAAAUAGGUAGAAUAGCGUGUAUUACAGGUACCGUGUACUUUAUUUUUUAAGCUAUAAAUAUAGGCAUUCUUAUUUCUUUUUUACUUAAGGUACCACUGGGUCACAAUUAUAUUAAGAUCUAAGGACUAUUUAUACAAUUGCUUAAUCAUAGACAUUAAUGAACCUCAAAAUGUCAAUUAUAAUUUCAUUCUGGUUUGCCACUGUUAUAUGAUACGGGGUGCUGUGAACAAAUGUAGGUUCUGCAAAGUUUUCUGAGUUCUGUACUAAAAAAAAAUAUUUUUAGCACCAAAGCCAUGUGUAAUUGGAGAGAAUGAAUAAGGGUAUUCUUGACGGAGUGUAGAGUACAAAGUGGAGUGGUAGAGUAGUAAAGUGAUGGGUACAUGUUCAGCUAUUUCUUGAAAUUGAGUGUUACAGAUAUUAGUUAGGAUAAUGGUCAUGCAUCAUAUUCCUUGGAAUUUGUUAGAAAAUGAGUUAAGGUAUAGGCCUCAUCUGACAAACUAUUUGUAAACUAAAUAAUGAAUCUAAAACUGCUUAUUACUGUGGAAAAUUUUCAUAAUUUUAGUGCACUUAUUGUGAUUAAUUCACCCCAUUUCACAUGGUUAAGCAAGUCUAGAUGAUACAUAUUGAGAGUAAGCCACCAUGAUUGUCAGCUCUGGUAUAUACUAUAAGUUGCCGUUUUGCCAUUAUAAUCGUUUCAGCUUAGUGCUAAAUAAUCUUAAUUACCACAGUAUUCUUACGGUCAUGUAACCCAGCAAAGAUUUUCGUUAUGAUUUUCAGUGAUGGUAUAACCAUUAGGUCUUAAUUUAAACAUGAGAUUAGAUUAGGUAAGUGAUGAACAUGACAUUGUUAAGAAGUUUUCUCUUGGGAAGCUCAUUUCUUCAGUACAGUUUGAAUAAGGCAAAUGGUGCAUGUUUUUUAUAGCAGUAAUUUGUCUUUAUUUAUAUUAACUAUCUUACCACAGUGCUGCUGUUGACUCUUGUGAGAUUUCCAAUAAUUAUAAUGGAUAGGAAUUAUUAGAACCUAAAUAUAAUCGGAGCAUUUUCCUUAACUAUGGGCUCAGCAAGGGUAGGGCCAGUGCUAGUGCUGCAUUAAUAUGAGUCAACCUCAACUAUACUCUAAGCUAUGCUCUAUAUUUCAAGAGCUUGAAGAAAUUUUUAUGAUCUCUUGAAAGGGUUGAGCAGAGUUUUGUUAACACAAUACAGUAGAUGCUCAUAAUUCAUGCAGCCUUAAUUUGCAUUUCUAUAACUGUUUAAAUUGUGUAAAACUUGAGUAGCAGGAGGAAAACCACUUUGAUGUGGAGUGGGAUCUUUCCCUUUCAUGGCUGUUUAACAGUCUAAGCAGAUAGUGUGGAUAAAUGAGGCAUUGUUUGUUGAGUCGUUCAGACUUUAUUCCUUUAGUUGCAGCACUCAGUCUAGAUGUAACUGCACAGUUACAUCUAGACUGACAGUUACAUCUAGGUUCUCCUCACUUAAUAAUUCCCAUAGUUAUCCUGAGCUCUUGUAUGAUGAAGGCUAACGUGAAUAGUGUUUUUCCACCAAAUACAUCUCUGAUACAACCACUGGAUUAAGGAGUGAUGAAAAUUUUAAGUGCAGCUAUGCAUGCAGAAACUCCUUGUAUCAAUGGAUGAUUCGGAUAUUGGAGCAUGAAAAUUCUGGCAAGUUGAAUGUUACAGAUGCAAUAACCUGUGUGGAAGUUGCUUGGGAUAAAGUACUUCUAAUGAACAAUAUUUGCAAGCUGUGUAAAACAGCAGACACAUGAUAGAAUACCUGAGGACUGCAGUAAAUGACAACUGUCAACUUCAGCCCAAGAACCGUAGCUAUCCAUCUUAGUCCAUGAAUUGCAGCCAUCCACCUUGGCCUAUCAGUCGGUUAUCCAUCUCGGGCCAGUAGAGUCACAGCAAUAUUCUCCAUUGAUGUUAGGCAACAUGCAUCAUCAACCAGAACUUAAUACAGUAUGUUUUUUUUUUUUUGUAGCUACAUGUGCAGUCAUUUUUUUGACUACGAGUUAUCGUAGAUUAAAUCUACAUAUUGUACUUUCACAUUCUUGUUGAGUGUCCAGUUUACCAGUGAGAUUGCAGGAUUUACCUCCGACACCACCGCCCUAUCACUCUUACCUUAUUGUCCCUUCUUUCAGAUGGCUCUGCCUUUGACUUAUGAUCACUUUUUGACUUUUUAUCAGCAAUUGCUUUACGAUAAAAACUUUGACACAUAGCCCUUAGUGUCCUUUUCAGCCCUUUUUUACCCUUACCUCUGAUCCCCUCUCUACCUAGCUGCUUAUAGCCCCGGCACUAUUUUCUGCCACGCAGCGCUGCAUGACUCUUGUCUAAGAGCAAUGUGUGGUGUAAAUAUGCAGAAAAUUCGGAGUGUGGAAAUUAGGAGAAGGUGUGGAGUUAAUAAAAGUAUUAGUCAGAGGGCUGAAGAGGGUUUGUUGAGGUGGUUUGGUCAUUUAGAGAGAAUGGAUCAAAGUAGAAUGACAUGGAGAGUGUAUAAAUCUGUAGGGGAAGGAAGGCGGGGUAGGGGUCGUCCUCGAAAAGGUUGGAGGGAGGGGGUAAAGGAGGUGUUGUGGGUGAGGGGUUUGGACUUCCAGCAAGCGUGCGUGAGCGUGUUAGAUAUGAGUGAAUGGAGACAAAUGGUAUUUGGGACCUGACGAUCUGUUGGAGUGUGAGCAGGGUAAUAUUUAGUGAAGGGAUUCAGGGAAACCGGUUAUUUUAUAUAACUGGACUUGAGUCCUGGAAAUGGGAAGUACAAUGCCUGCACUUUAAAGGAGGGCUUUGGGAUAUUGGCAGUUUGGAGAGAUAUACAUGUAGUAUUGUGUAUGUUUAUACAUAAAUACUUCUAAGCUGUUGUAUUCUGGGCACCUCUGCAAAAACAAUGAUUAUGUGUGAGUGAGGUGAAAGUGUUGAAUGAUAAUGAAAGUAUUUUCUGUUUGGGGAUUUUCUUUCUCUUUGGGUCACCCUGCCUCGGUGGGAGACGGCCGACUUGAAAAAAAAAAAAUUUACUUUUUAAGGGUCUGUAACAUCUGUAUGCCCCUAGGAAGUCUGAAUAAAUAAAGAAUGGGUAUAAUUGAAGACCACUGUAUUAAUGAAAAGCUGUAGAUCCUUGCAUAUUUUGAUUUUAACCCUUUGACUGUCGCGGCCGUAUAUAUACGUCUUACGAGGUACCGUGUUUGACGUAUAUAUACUCAUAAAUUCUAGCGGCUUCAAAUCAAGCAGGAGAAAGCUGGUAGGCCCACAUAUGAGAGAAUGGGUCUGUGUGGUCAGUGUGCACCAUAUAAAAAAAAUCCUGGAGCACGCAGUGCAUAAUGAGAAAAAAAAAACUCCGACCGUUUUUUUUAAUUAAAAUGCCGACUUUGUGGUCUAUUUUCGUAUAGUAUUUAUGGUUGUAUUCUCGUUUUCUUGGUCUCAUUUGACAGAAUGGAAAACAUAUUAUAGAGAUAGAGGUGAUUUUGAUUGAUUUUACUAUAAAAAGAACCUAGAAAUGGAGCUCAAAGUAGGGGAAAUGUUUGAUUUUUGCCAAUGUUCAAAAGUACACAAAUGAUGCCAUUGUCCAAUAAAUGUCCAACUAGCCAUUGUAAUAUGCAGUCAUGAAUAGGUUGAUGUUAUUUAUACAAUUAUUACAGUAUGGCAGUAGUCUGCAUAAUAGUAAGUCUUCUAUUUUUUGUUUGAAUAAAAAUUCAAAAUAGAAAGCAAGAGUAAUAUCAGAGGGGCCUGGAGACAUGACUGAUGAGCAAAGAAAAUGUUAUUUUAGAGCCAGGAAUGUCUGCAUUGUUCAUUCUGGACCUUAUUUUGAAAUUGUCAUAUUUUUUAGUUUUUGUGAAAUUGGCCAAAUUGCAAAUUUCUGACCACAUUAUUAGGUAGUUGAAGUCAGUAAAUGGGCAGUUUCUUGUACUCAAUCGAUAGAAAAAAUGGAGUUCUAAAGAAAUAGCUAUGAGUUUGGGCGACUGGAACAAUGGAAUUAGCCGAAAAUAGGGCUCAAAGUGGGCGAACUCGCUGAUUUGUAAACAGCGCCGAGGUCGCUAACUUCGCGAGGGCAUAAUUCCGUCAGUUUUCCAUCAAAUUUCGUUUUUUGGUGUCAUUACAAUCGGGAAAAGAUUCUCUAUCAUUUCAAAAGAAAAAAUAAUUUUUUUUUUUAAAUUUUGCGACACCAGGAGAAACCUCAGGAUUGGGGGUUGCGACAGUCAAAGGGUUAAAAAUGAAAGUAAAUUUACUUUGUAAUAGUAUGGAUGUUCAUUGCUUAAUGUUGUGCUUUUGAACCCUUUCAGUGUCUCUUGUGUAAAUCUACGUUAUUGAUGCUUGUCGCUCGCUUAGAUCCACGUUUGAAGCACAGCACCCUCAAAGAUGCUGUGAGUGGUAAAUCUUGGCCUAGAUACGAGAGAAUGGGUCUGGGCAGUGAGUGCACUCCGUAUAAUAAAAUAUCUACCUCAUGCAGUACAUAUUGGAAAAAGCCAGCCUCUGACCUUGUGUUUGGUUUAAAACAGCAACUUUGAGGUGUUUUCUAGAAUGGUUUUACUGGCUGUUUCAUAGUAUCAUUUGAUAAUGUGGUAAACAUAUUACAUGUACUGAAAUAGAGAUUAUUUUAGUUUUAGGACUGGAAGUAGCUGGAAAUAGGACUCAGAGAAGCAGAAAUGUUUGAUUUUUGACAAUUUUCCUGAGGAAGGGUAAGGCUCCUUACCUCCCUGUUCUCUCUUAUGGGUUUUUACUAGGUCUGAAUCAAUUAUUGGGAUGCCGUAAACCAUGAUCAUUAUCCGAGAAUAGGUUAAAACUUUUGAUUUUUCUUGUGUGAUGGAUUCAAAGUGGAGGGCAAGUGUAAUGUAGGAGAGGCCUGGGAACAUAAUAAAUGAACAGAGGAUAGGUUGCUGGAAUGCAUUGUGUUUAUUUAGGAUUUUGUUUUUGUGUAAAACUGGCUAAAUUACCAACUUGUGUGCUCUUGAUAGGGUAGUUCUGGUAGUUGAAUGGGUGGUCACUUGUGCUCAGUCAAUAUAAUGAAAGGCAUACUAGCAAAAUAGUUAAUAAGUUGUUUAAAAUGAGCAAUUCAAUUGGCUUAAAAUAGGUCUCGGUGGGCAAAACUGACGCGUAAAUUGCAUCCAGACCGCCAAUUUUGUUUGCAUAAUUUUGUAAAAUUUCCAUCAAAAUUUGUAUUUUUGGUAUUAUCUUCCAAAAGAAAAAAUUCUCUUCCAUUUCAUAAGAUAAAAUUAUUUAUUUUUUUUAAAUUCUAACAUUGUCAGCCAUUAAUUUUGGGUGUCCUGCAUGCGUGAGCAUGCAGUAAAGUUUGUUGAUCACAUAAUGAGAAAUUGAAGUGUUAAGGCAUAUUGUUUAUACAGUAUGUGGGGGUGGGGGGUUAUAUAUUUACAUUAAGUUAUAAUAAAUGAGAAUCCCAGUGGAUACCUAACAUUGUAUUGCCAAUAUCAAAACAGCUAUGCUGUCUCUCUCACUGAUUAUGCUGCAGCUAGUCAUCCUGACACUGGCUCUAAAGCUGAAAUAUUUGCUAAUCCUUUAGUGAUUAAAUAUGAUUAACAAUAUUCAUUAUAUUGUACUGAAUUAUCACUGUAAUAUUGUUAAUAUGUAUAGUUCUGUUGAGAUGUGCAUGACAUAACUCACCACUGUGUAGCUAGUUAAGACAUAUUAAUUCCUUUUUCCACUAUAUAAUUGCUUUUAGUUUUUUAUAGAAAUUAAAUUUAUUACUAUUUACAUACCCCAUGAUACUCCAGAAAAGAUUAAAAAUAGAGUGCACUGCUUUAUUAAUGUGUAAAAAAGCAGUAUAAAUGCAAUGCUCAGAAAGGUAUAUAAGUGUAUGAAUAAAGUAUUAUUUUUGAGUUUGGUAUGUAUUUAAAGUGGUAUUUGUAUCUUUGAAUGUACUUGUAUGCACAUUUUGCUAUACUCUACAUGUUGAUGUAUACCUAUGCAUACUAGGUUUACUUAUAGUAAACCAGCUAUAUAUAGACCUGUUAUAUAUAUAAACAAUUUCAUUUGCUACUGGUACCGAAAGGUUGUAUGGCAGAUAAUUGAAUGUUGAAGACAUCUGUGAUUUAUAUGACCUAUUCAAGGAUAUAUGAUUAAUGUGUGUGUUUUAUGGCUUUUCUGCAACAUAUAAUCAUUUCCUUCAUGUUGCUUCAAGUAUUGAACUCUCUCAAUUCUCAUUCUUGAUAAUCAUCUUCAAUAUUACAUUGCAAUCAUUGCCCAUCAAGCACGGUUACUAAACUAGCAUACAUAACUUUGUAAUUAUAUGUAUUAUGAUUAAAUAUGCAUUAAAAAACUGUAUUGUAUUACUGUGUUAGAGUGUGAUACUUUUUAAAAUAUCUACCGAUUCUUUUCACUAGCUUUUUCCAACAUUUAAUUUGAGCAGAUUUGUACAUUAAACAAUCUUUUUCCUUUGCAUGAUAUUGAUUGUGGCUUCAGUAAUAAAUUACUUAUGUUGUGAUUAAGCACUGUGAUUGUUCAUAAGGGGACUCAAUAUUUAGUAAUUAGAUCUGUAUUAUAUGCUAUUUGUAAUCAAUAAAGAGAUUCAUUGUC